AUGAGAAAGGAGUUGAAAAUUCUAAUAGUAGCAAAUAUAGCACUACUUCUUUCGAUAAUACACUACACUUUUGAUUUGCUGACAUUGUGUAUAGAUGACACUUUCAAGGAUGCGUUCUCAGAUGAACAGUUGAACCCACCCAAGACCUCCAAUUCAACGCUUUCUGAAGAUCGUCCACAACUUAUACCAAAAAUCAUUCACCAAACCUAUAAAACAGAUGACAUCCCAGAGCAGUGGGUGGAAGGCAGGCAGAAGUGUAUUGACUUGCACGCAGACUAUACCUAUAUUCUAUGGACCGAUGAAAAGUCCGACAGUUUUAUAAAAGAGAAAUACCCAUGGUUUCUGGACACAUUUAGAAGUUACGAGUAUCCAAUUGAGAGAGCAGAUGCAAUACGGUAUUUCAUCCUUUCACAUUAUGGCGGUGUUUACAUUGACUUGGAUGAUGGAUGUGAAAGAAGACUAGAUCCUUUGUUAGCAGUGCCAGCAUUUCUAAGGAAAACUUCGCCUACAGGAGUGUCCAAUGACGUGAUGGGAUCCGUGCCGGGACAUCCAUUUUUCUUGAAAGUGAUCAAAUCAUUGAAGCACUAUAAGAAAAAUUGGUAUAUCCCGUAUAUGACCAUAAUGGGUUCUACGGGGCCCCUAUUCAUUAGCGUUGUCUGGAAGCAAUACAAGAGAUGGUCAAGUACGGCCGAAAAUGGUGCAGUGAGGAUACUACAACCCGCUGACUAUAAAAUGCAUAACAAUUCGUUUUUUUCCAUAUCUAAGGGUUCUUCCUGGCAUACCGGUGAUGCAAAUUUUAUGAAAAUUUUAGAAAAUCACAUCUUAUCCUGCGUGGUUACUGGAUUUAUUUUCGGUUUUUUCAUAUUGUACGGUGAAUUUACCUUUUAUACUUGGUUAUGUUCUGGCCCAUUCAACAACAAACGCCAUUACAUUCAAUGGCUGGGUGACAAACUUAAGCUUCUCAAAUGGAAAAUAAUAUCAUCGUCGGGGAAGGAUAAAGAAAAGACACCGGCGCAUGCACGUUAUGAAUUCAAUUCAAAGAGUAGAAGGUCCAGAAAAGAUUCUAACGUCCCGUACGACAGUAUUUUCAUUGAUAUUGAAAGUAACCAUGCGAAAUUCACGGACUUAAGCUGA